AUGGCGCUCCUGCCCAUCUUGACGCUCCGGCUCGGCGAGGACCCGAAGGCCGCCAACCUGCUGCCGUACCUGCUCUCGGGCCUGCCGCGGCUGCGGGCCCUGGACCUGAGCACCUGUGGCCUCACGGCCUCGGGCACCCCGGAGUCCUGGGGCUGGGUGCGCGGCGCGCCGUCGCUGCCGCUGACGAGCGCCGACCUCUCCGGCAACGAGCUGGUGGCUCCGCCAGCGGAACUGCUGACGGCCUGCCCGCAGCUCCACGAGUUGCGGCUGCGCAGGAAGGGCUCCCACGACGGGUCGGUGCGGGCCCUGUCCACUUUGGCUGCGCGGCAGCACGGGUGCCACAUUCAGCUACAGCUAGAGGACAUCGCGACGGUGCACGCCGCGGCUCAGACGCUGGACAGGGAGCGCAUGGAUCUCGAGGAGACGUACCAAAUUCUCAAUGGGGAGCCCACUGAAAAUAUGGUGCUGGAGAACUGCCUCAUCGCCCAGAUCGCCCAGAUCACGCAUGAGGCAGAGGCGAUGAAUGCCACGCUGUAG